AUGACGAUUGAUGCAGCAGUAGCGGCCUCCGUGAAACUCCAUGUGAGGUCAGAGCCCGGGAUGGCCACUCCAGCGCCACCAGCUGGGAUCGAACGUGUCACAAAGCGAAGGAUAGGCGCGGACGAAGAGCCUACCCGCUUCGUCGGCGGCAACUUGGCCUACGAUACAGAACGCAAGGCACGAUUCGCCCAGACCCAGCACGCGAACACGCGUCAGGCGACAAAGAGUGCCUCCAACCCCGGCUUCCGACCUGAGAUCCUCCGCCUCGCGAUGAGUUACACCAGAGCACGGACAUAUUCCACUCCGGCAGAUAUUCUCGGGGUGCAUUUUGUGCCAUUUAAAGUCCCCCAAGCGUCCCCAGACUCUGCUGAUAAGAAGAUACGAGGUUGA